CAACUUUCGUCUAUUUAAGAUCACACUACAUGUCUCCCACUUGUUCGCCUCACUACCCGAGAGGGUUCCAUGAAAUGGCCACCGCUCUUACAGGAUGUGGAGCAUUACAUUACCUUCGACAUCCGUGACGAAUACUCUGGCGUUGGUUUCUGUAACAGGAUUUUGUUACAUGGUGGGAUUGUUAGUCCUACCACAACCUAAUUUACUUCUAGGUUAGUGUCCUCCUUAAUCGCCUCUUACGACAUGCCUGGCUGGAUGGCAGGGACCCUAUUCUUACUGUAGCCGGAACUAACCGUCGCCAAAGCCAUCACCUUAUCUUUGCGCCAAACCAGUCCAUUCCUCUUGUGGCGUUCCAGUGAAGAGGACGAAGUUCCCAAGCAGAAUUUUCCACUAAAAAUUCUAGCUCUCGUUAGUCAGCUGCACUUAUUCACCUUUUGGUGACAUGUCAUAACAAAACAAAACAAAACAAAAAAAAAACAAACAGAAGAGUUCCUGUCAACGUACGUGUGCUUUGCUGAGCACAUAAACUACAUUUAAAAUGUCAUCAGCUUCACUGAGUGAUGUUAAAACAGUAAAUGAAGAGGAAAUGGAGGGUGACAAGCAGGAUGAGGAUGGUAUAGUUUUCAGUGUUCCACCAAUGAGACAAGACAGUUUAGACAUCCACUCCGAAAAACCUCAGCUUCGUUUCAUGUAUAAAACAGAUGCACUCAGUGAAAGUGACAAAGACUGGUUUGUGAACAAUAUUAAAAGAUUUGAAGGAAAGUCAGCACAUGAUGAAACUGAUACUUCUGGCAUUCAGGCAGGUGCUGGUUGCAAGGAAAUGCCCACUGAUGCUUUUGGACAAUUGAAGUUUGAAAAUGAAGAUAUGAUAUCUUGGUAUGUACGCAUGGCUGUCAGCAUGGAAACCAGCAACCUUCAGCACUUGAUGGUGGACAAAUUCAAACUUGUGAACGAAUGUAAAACUCUGCAGAUUCACUGUAUAGACUAUGAGGAAUUGGAUGAGGAAUUUGAAAGGUACAUACCACCACUAAUUGCGUGUACCAGAGUACGAGUGGGCAUGAGGAGACCACUAAGAGCUGGAGACAGUUUUCAUGAGGUGGCAACCGUUCCAACCGAAACGCUAUCAAACAAACUGAUGAAAGACAUAAGGUCCAUCUGUAAAAGAACAGGUGGCCUUGUGAUGACUUGGAGUGGACUGAAAGAGGUCCAGGAAGUGCUAUUCAUGGAGCCUUGAAGCAGCUUCACUCAGCCAUCAAAGAUGGGAAAGACUUUCAGAGUAGCUUAGCCACAGUAGCUUCUCCUCUCUGGAGUGCUUUUCCACCACACAUUCAGGACCUCUUCAAGAAACAGGGUGACCAAGUGUUAAUCCCUUCCCGUGAUGUUGGAGAAGCUGAGUGGGGAAAUGUCUCCCCUUAUGCAUCCCAUUAUCUUCAACUUGACAUAGGUGGUCAAGAAUUAAAAAUUACUGAAGACUUCCAGAUAUACA